AUGUCUGACAAUCUCCGCAAAGGUGUUGGUGAGCAAGUCUCCGAGAAAAUUACUCCCGACUCCCAAAAAUCCACCACCGACAAGCUCAGCGAGAACAUCUCUGGAGGAGCCGACAAGGCAGCUUCCGCCGUCCAACCAUCCGACCAAAAAUCCACCACCCAACAAGCCACAGACAAAACCCGCAGCGGCGCCGACGAUGCCCAAAACCAAGGAAAGGGAAUCCUCGGUUCCGUCUCGGAUACCAUCUCCAACACAGCAUCUUCCCUCACAGGCAACAAAGACACAAAGUAA